AUGCCCGGUAGCCGGCGGAGGGGGCUGUCCCUCAGGCCCGCCGCCCUGAGGAGGCGCAGCGGCGGCGAGGAGCAGCUCACCCGGCAGCGGGCGGAGCUCCCUGCGGAGGAGGGGGCGGCGGAAGGCGGCGCGGGCCGAGGCCUGCCCGCUGGGGAGGCGGCGUGCUCGCCCCGCGCUGCAGAACCAUGUUUACAUAAGACACCAAAGAGAUCAUUGAGUAGGAAAUCCCGAAUACCUACUUUUAGCUCUCCUAUAAAUGACACUGAGACACAGCAAGAAAUCUUUUGGGAUUCUCAUUCACCAGUUGCACCCAGAAUAGGCAGUGGAAAAAUCAAGCAGUCUACCAGUAGAUGCGCAGUAGAAAUUUCGGAAAUUGUUAAUCGUAUUGCUCCUCAGGAUGAAAAAGCAGCCUGUAAUGAAGGCUCCCUUUUAGGAACAUGGAUUGGUGAGGAUGCUAUUCCCUGUACACCUGUGGUAGUAAAAGGGCGAGCUAGGACAAAGUUAAGUUGCACAAGAGAUCUUAAAAUAAAAAAUCCCGAAGAGGAACUCAUGAAAUUGGCUAAGGAGUUUGAUAGAAAUCUAGUGGAGUUAGAUGCUGUUCAGGAACAGGAGAAGCUUGGUCACAACUUCAUCCAGACCACCUCUGAGCCUUCAAGUAAUUCUAAAGAUGAAAUAAAUACGAAGAACCAGAAAUCACUCCUUGGUGAAGGUUCUGACACAGAUACUGCUGUGUCCCUGAAACCAGUUGGACAGAGCACUGGCAUCCCUGUGGCAGAGCCCUUUCAAUCCAACAGUCAAAAGUCUGUAGACCUUGAGGCUGAAGUAGCCCUUCAUGCUCUUUUUGACUCCUCUACCCAGAAGUGCAGUGGACACUUGAGCCAAGGGCUGUCAGAUAUUUCUUUAAAUAAUAGUUUUCAUAAAAUUAAAAGUACCUUGGAGGAGGAGAACCUUCCUGAGAAAGUUGAAGACACGCAAUGUGGUAAUUCAGAGGCAUAUCAAAAAGAUACUGUAGGAAGCAUGGACCAGGCUGUUCCAAAACCUGAUACUGACACCCUGACAAAAAAUCCUCCUUAUUUGAAGACACAUUUGGUGGUGUCUGCUAAGCUUGCUGGAGUAGUUAAUGAUGACUUUGAUGACUGGGACACAGAACUUUUGGCAGAUGACUCUUUUGUGAUGCAAAUAACCCAGAAUCCUGAGUUGAUAAGUACUGAGGAACCACCACAAAUUCCUGCAAAUCCAUUUGUGCAUGAUUUCAGUGAUGCUAGCAGAGCAAAGCAAAGAAGUAGUGGCAAUUCAGGAGCUCUUUUGGGGACUGUAAACAAAUCUAACAGUUUACAGUGUUCACCUUUGAAGCAUUCCAGUAAAAACUCACAAAAUGUUGUAAAAUCACUGUCUUUACAAAAGCCAUGUAAGAUAGAAAACUCAGAGACUCAUGGCCAAUGUGAUGUUAAGCCAGAUAAAAUUAAAUCUGUUUGGAAGAGUAACCAAAAUAGAGAUUUGAACCAUAUUCCUGCUUCAGUGCAAUCUGAAAUGAAGAAUGGAAAUCAAUCUGUUAAGCCUAAAAGUGAUGCUCUUCCUCUUUUUCCUUCAGGAUCUAAUCCUCAUAGACAAUCAGGAGGAAAACCUGGGAAUAACACUAUUUCCUGUCAGUCAUCCAGUGUUUCUACCAACGUGGAACCUAAUGCUCUAAUCAAAGUGGUUAACCAAGCUAAUACAGGUCACUCAAAUCAAGUUGAAAUACCAAAAAAAUGUCCUCUGUCAUUUGAUGACUGGAAUGAACCAAAGUUCUCUGAUGACGUAUUGGGUAUGUUUUGCAGAUCUGAUAGUCUUUGGGAUGCAAACUGUGAGGAUGAUGAGUUGUUAUAUCAGCUGUGUGAUGAUAUAGAAAAGCAAACUCGGAGCCAGGAUGUUAAACAAGGAAAUGAAAAAACUAAAACUAUUCAAGGAGCCAGUAUUAAUUCCACAUCAAAUUCUGAUAACAGCCUCCCAGCAUCUAAACAAGGACUACCUGAUCUCUUGGCACAAAAAGCUAAUGUGAAGCAGCAGGAGGCGCUCUUAUUAAAUGAUUCCUGUAGGAAUUCAUCAAAGACAGUGCAUGGGCUGGCCACAACAGGUCAUGUAGUGAACUGUAAGAAUAUCUCAAAUCCUCAGACUGUGGUCUUGGGUCCCUCUGUGGAGUGUAAAUACCCGUUGCCUAAAAACUCUCAUCAGGAUGGUUCUGAAGAUAUUGCAAAGACUGUUUCAGGGAAAUGGUACAGGUCAAAUUCUGUGCCAGCAGGAGAUACAGGUUCAGAAGUAAGUCCUGUUAAUGCAGUAAAUGUUUUUAGUAGAAAAGCACUCGACAGCUCACGUUUCUUGUAUAAUGCGGGAAGGAUUCCAAGUAGCAGCUCUGGUAACAAAACUUCAAUCGUGCCUUCAAAGUUUAAAUUCCGAAAGAUUAACAAUUCUCAGAGUGCUCUUCAUGUAGAGUCUGAAAAUCCAGGGAAUCAUUCUGGCAUUGGAAUUAUGCUGCAGGGUUUGGAAGGAAGCAAGAAUCAGGUGAAUGUGGCUUUGCACAGCAAGCUUGACAAUAAGAAAUCACCUUUCAAGAGGCACCUUUCAGAGUCUUUUGCACAGACUACAUCAGUGUCUGUGGUAGAACAAAAAAACAGAAAAUGUUCUCAAGAAGAGAUUGAAAGAAAAAAACAAGAAGCUCUUGCCCGGAGAAAAUCCAGAACACAAGCAUUCUUUAAAGAUGCUUGA